CGGGGCUCCAGCGCCCGGCCCGGCUCCGCUCCGGCUCCGCAUAACCCAGUCGAACGUAGCGCGGCGCGGACGUGCCAGUGAGUGAGUGAGUGAGUGUGCGCGAGUGAGCCGGUGCAUCAUCGCGACGUGGAUACGAUACAUGUGCUAGCAUGUGCAGCAACGAGACCUCCUCCCCCAGCGGCGUGGGCCCCACGGCCAUCCUGCCCUACCCGCUGUCUGCGCUCAAGACCCUCCAGGACGCGGCCGGCAACGGCGGCAGUGGCGGCGGCGGCGGCGGGGGCAGUCCGCUGCCGCCCCCGGGGAUGCUCCCCAUCGACCAGUACCGGCUGCAGCUCUACAACUACGCCAUGGCCGAGCGCCUGCAGCGCUUCGGGCCGGCGGGGCCCUUCAGCCCCGUCCCCGGCGUGCAGCUGUGCCCCGGGCUGGGACAGGGACUGGGGCAGGGCCUCGGACAGGGCCUGCCCGCCGGCUACCCGUACGGGCCGCGCCUCGCGCUCAGCAUGUCCCUCUUCCACCAGCGCAUGCUGCAGCCCGAGGAGCCCAAGCCGCAGCACUCGUACAUCGGCCUCAUCGCCAUGGCCAUCCUCAGCUCGCCCGACACCAAGCUCGUCCUGUCCGACAUUUACCAGUACAUCCUAGACAACUACCCGUACUUCCGCACGCGAGGACCCGGCUGGAGAAACUCGAUACGACACAACCUCUCCCUCAACGACUGCUUCAUCAAGGCGGGCCGCAGCGCCAACGGCAAGGGCCACUACUGGGCCAUCCACCCCGCCAACGUGGACGACUUCAAGAAGGGCGACUUCAGAAGGAGAAAAGCACAGAGAAAGGAUAGGCAUAGGGGUCACUUUGAAGGCAGCGGAUCAGCGCUUGAUGACGUGCGGAAGCACAUGGGUCUGGCCGUGGACGAGGAAGGAAACGAGUCCCCGAGCCCCCCGCCGACGCCCGCGUCGCCCCCGCUCCCGCCGACCAUCUGGGCGGCGCACCAGCACCCCCGCCUCCUGGCGCACGCCGGCACGCCGCUGGGCUCGACGCCCAUCCCGUGCCUCGCACGCAAGCGCCAGUUCGACGUGGCGUCCCUGCUCGCCCCGGACGACGCGUCCGACGACCUCGCCCACCGCGUCGGCCUGGCCGCCAAGACGCCGCGCUACGCGAGCAGCGGCGAGGAGGACGUCCACGACGAGGACAUCGACGUGGUGUCGAGCGACGCCGCCGACGCCCAGCAGGCGACGCCGCCGAUGACGCCCGUCGGCAGCGCGCCCCAGACGCCGACGCCCUGGCCGCCGCAGUCACCCAACGGGCCGCUGUUCAUGACGACCGUCGAGCACCACCUCGUGUCCAGGUACUACGAGCAGCUGCAGCACAGCGCCGUGCGCCGCCUGGCUCUGCAGCAGCAGCAACAACAGCAGCAGCAGCAGCUCAGGCAGCAACAAGUGUCGCAGCAGACGACGGAGAUCCGGGAGCUGACGCCGAGCCCCAGAGCGAGCCCGCCCGCCAGGGAGCCGACCCCGCAGUGAGAGGCCAGGUGCCCGGCCAGGACUUGUGUUCCACUAAACUGUGAUCAGGGGACGCCGCCGACGGUGCGGCGAGCCCCGAGGCCCAGGCGUUUGUGCAGCCGCGCAAUGGGUGUUUUGUUAUUUCUUUAUAAGAGUCCAUUUUGAGUCAUUCAUAUGGCGAUAUGGGAGACACUUUUUUAUUUGCAUGUAAAUGAUAUAUUGUUUAUUCCUGAUUAUGUACCUGAAACCCUGGAUUAUAUGUUGUCUUAUUUACCGUUUGUACAUUUUGUACGGAUCACGAUGUGACGAACGUGUUGCCGGCAAAAUCCUGCCGUAGGAUUAAGGACUUUAUUUUAUAAUUAAGAAGCCUGUUUAAGAGAAAUUUCAAGUUAAAGUCUGUUUUCCUGCAGCCGUGACGUGGUCCACGUCUGUAUGAAUUUUUGACGCGUCGUUGUACGACGACUUAGCUUUACUGUAAAACGAAUUAUGGAAACCAUACCAAAAGAAAUCUCGAUAGUGAUUUAGCUUCCAAUUUAUUGCCCCAAUAAAGCAAAACUGAUACUGUAAUUUUA